UCGUUUCUCCGAUUCGCUUUCUCUUUCUAGAUGUCACUUCCGGAUAACAACAAAACAACAAACCAGGAAGAAGGAAGCAGCGGCAAGACUGCCUGGAGUCUGGAGUUCGAAGUAGAGGGUCUAGCUGAAUGAGUGCAGCCCCAGAGGGCUGGAGUUGUGACAUGGUACAGCCAGGCGGAUGCCCCGGUAAUGACUGCAGCAUGAUGGGGGAUGAUUCCUCUCUGGGUAGAGCUGCUACUCUUCACCUACCAGCUGAGCUGGCAGGACAUGAGGCUGUGCAGUACGUCCUGGCUGAGAACAGAGACCUCAAAGAAGCCAUCCGACAAAGUAACCACAUGCUGCGGGAGCGCUACCAGGAGUUCCUGCAAUUCCAAGCUUCCCACAAAGAGGAGAAGGAGUUCCUCAUGUGCAAGUUCCAGGAGGCUCGACUUGUGGUGGAAAAUUUGCAUUUGGAGCGCACAGGGCUUAAAAAGCAGUUGGAGCAGGCUGUCCAGGAGCUGGAACAACUGAAGAGUCAACUGACAGCCUCUCAGCCACUUCCCAUAACACAAGAGACCUCUGGAGCACAAGAGGAGCCAGACACUGUGACCCUUACUCAAGAAGAAGCUGUAAUUGCCAUGGGCCCUGAGAUGCCACCACAGAAAAAGGAAAGACUGGAGGAGGAUUUGAAGGAGCUCCAAGAAGCCAACCAGGUCUUGCAGAAAGAGAAGCUGGCCUUGCAGGCUGAGAUCUGUGCAUUGCAACAAGCAGCAAAGGCCACAUUGCCCAUAGAAGAGCCUGCAGUAAAGAUUGAAGAGAAUUGGGUUCCAGAAGAACGACCCAUGGAGUCCUUGCAGGGCUCAGGGGACAGAAAAAGUUCUGAUGGGGACCAGGCGCAACAGCUUUGUAAAAGACUGAAGGGAGUGGAGGAUGAGAGUGCAGCCCUUCGUCAACAGCUAGCAUCAGCCCUGCAGGAACUGGCACACUUGGCAGCACGGGAGCAGGAGACCCAUCAGCAGCUUCAAACGCUGAGCAAGCAGUUGGAGCAGGCUGGGGAGGACAAAGCCUCCGUAAAGGCCCAGGUGACUUCCCUGUUGGGGGAGCUGCUGGAGAGCCAAAGCCACCUGGAGACUUGCACACAGGAUAAGAAAGAACUGGAGGAGAGGGUCCGUGCAGCUGGCGAACGGCUCCAACAUCUCGAAAGGGAGGCUGAAGCCCGUACCAAACAGCACAGUGUACAGGUGGAUCAGUUGCGUCUGCAGGUGCAAAAUCUAGAAAGUGCCCUGCGAGUGGAGCGGCAGAGUGCCACAGAAGAAAAGAGGAAACUAGCUCAGCUGCAGGCAGCCUAUCACCAGCUCUUUCAGGAAUAUGACUCUCAUAUCAAAGCCAGCGUGGAAAGUGAGAAGCGGAACAAGGGUUUGGAUCUGCAGGCUGCUGAAUUGUCUGAGCAGUUACAGCAGGCUGAGGAGGCUCUGGUGGCCAAGCAGGAGCUAAUUGACAAGCUGAAGGAGGAGGCUGAACAACACAAAGCUAUCAUGGAGACUGUGCCUGUACUCAAGGCACAGGCCGAUAUCUACAAGACAGACUUCUUGGCAGAGCGUCAUGCUCGGGAAAAGCUACAUGAACAGCGAGAGGCCCUGCUGGAGCAAGUUGCACAACUACAGAGAGACUAUGAAAAGCUGCAAGCAGAAUCUGAGGGAGUCAGACGGUCUCUUAUGGAAGAGAUGAGGAAUCGCCAUUCAGAAAUGCGUCCACAACCUCAGCCAGCUUUUCUGAUGGGUGCUACUCCAUUCCAUCCCCAGCUUCUAACAGGACGAAGACAAAGCCUUGCUGAAGAACCCUUUGAGUACUCUUGUCCCAAGUGCCAGUACAGAGCUCCAGACAUGGACACACUACAAAUCCAUGUCAUGGAUUGUAUCCAGUGACACUGAAUGAAGGACGGAGCGUUCCAGUCUGUGAUGUGCUUUUGUUGCAUUGCCUUAAGCAGAACCAGCAGUUCAGCUAAGAGUUGACCUUGGAGCUAAGAUUAUGGACUGUUUCCUGUCUACCUGUAUAUCAUUAACUUUUUUCAUCCUAUGAGAAUGGUUAAGCAUGCUGCCGUCCUUCUUCAGGGCUUGGCUACCACAGCCACGGGAAAAGGGGGGUUGCACUGUUCUAGGUUUGUGUGAAACAAUCUUACAUGUUUGAUCUACUGUAUGUCACAGGAUUCUACCACCCCUUUAGAAUAACAAAUACAGAUGAUUACUCUACUCUCAGUAGCUCUUUUAAGGGGUGGUAAGAAUAAUCCCCUAUUCUCCAUGAAGACUGCUAGUUCUUGCUUCGUCCUAUGUGCCUCCCAGGUCAUAGGAAGAAUCCUCCAAGCUACCCGUAACUGUGCCUUAAACAAUUCCUCAGCCAAGCUGUGAUGAGGCAGACCAUAAAACAGAAAAAGGGGGCAGAUCUCUUCUGCUUUCCAAGAGCUGUAUUAUCCUUACUUUUAUCUAAAGCCAAUUAAAGAAAAGUUCAAGAUCA